GCACCUCCUCAAUUGUCGCAUCCUUCUCAUGAUGCCUAGAGGUCAAAAAGCAGCCUUACCAAAGUGUAUCCUUUCCAGCGCUGGUCCUCGUGUGGACCUUAGCAAACCCCUUCACCAAAGCCAGAAAUCCAAGGCUUUCUGUGAGAGUCAGUGCUUAACAGCAACUGCUAAGAUUGGCCCACCAGAUCCUCGCAACCUAGAUUCCUAUCUUCAGGAUCAGGGGAUCCAGGAAUCUCCAGGAGCAGCUGUAGGUGAAGAAGAUCGCAGAACUCAGAUUCUGGCAGUCCUUCCUCAGCUGGUGCCGUGGCCAGUUGAAAUGAACAAUCAAACCUAUGUCACUGAAUUCAUCCUCCUGGGAUUUUCCAACCAUUCCAACCUACAGGCCUUGUUCUUUUUGAUCUUCCUGGUCAUUUACCUGACAACUCUGCUGGGAAACAUGCUCAUAAUCACAGCCACCAGGGUCAGUCCUGCUCUUCACACGCCAAUGUAUUACUUCCUCAGCAACUUGAGCUUCUUGGACAUCUGCUACACAUCUACCACCGUUCCCGUCAUGCUGGUGAACUUCUUCCGGGAGAAGAAGACCAUCUCCUACGAGGGCUGCCUUUCCCAGGUCUUUUUCUUUGUGACAUGCGCUGGCACUGAAUGUGUCUUAUUGGCUGCUAUGGCUUAUGAUCGCUAUGUAGCCAUCUGUCGCCCUCUUCAAUAUCCGGUUCUCAUGAGCGUGACAGUGUGUGCGUACUUGGUGGCUGGGUCCUGGCUGUGUGGGCUGGUGAAUUCUAUGACACACACAGGGCUGACAGCCACACUCAGUCUGUGUGGGCCCAACCAGAUCAGCCACUUUCUCUGUGAAGUCCCCUUACUCCUGAAGCUCUCCUGCUCAGACACCUCUGUCAACGAGUCUGUGCUCUACGUGGCCAGCGCCACCAUUGGUCUGAGCCCCUGCCUGAUUACAGUGGUGUCCUACAUUCUCAUCAUCUCUGCCAUCCUGAAGAUUCCCUCUGCUCAGGGCCGGAGCAAGGCCUUCUCUACCUGUGCAUCUCACCUCACUGUGGUGAUUAUCUUUUAUGGAAUGGCCAACUUCAAUUAUGACAGACCCAGAGAAGGCUAUUCCUUGGACAUGGACAUCCUGGUCUCUGUGCUCUUCUGUAUUGUGACCCCCAUGUUGAACCCCAUCAUCUACAGCCUGAGAAAUAAGGAGGUCAAAGGUGCCCUCAGGAAGCUGGCUGGCAGGUGUGUGUUUCCUGGCAAUAACAGUGUCUAG